UCCAUGGGAGGAUGGAUUCACAAUUGAUGCGGGCUAAAGGGGCUAAGUACUGUGACAUUUCCCCGCUCCAAGUGGUGACAAACUAUGAACAAAAGCAGUCACACUGAGCUUAACCCACAUAACGACUUCUUCCCAAGGUCGCUUUCAGACACAGGGAGAGAUCAAACGGAAGGUACCCUAGCCAUGGCCGCCCCAGAAACCCAAAGAUGGACCUACCGCCAGCUGGUGCAGCCCAUCCCCCCCACACCGAACCUCUCCACAAUCUCCUCAACGCCCGCCACACCGCCAUGCCCAACCUGUCGCCAUCUCCUCCUACAAGACCGCAGCAGCAUUCAUGGCAAGACGAUCCCAAUCGAAGAAUUCCACAUCACCGACACUUUCCCUGAUUUCCCUAUCCUGCAGGCUGGUUGCGACUUGUGCCGUUUCUUGCGCACCGCCAUCCGCAGCGCAUGGGGCAACACCGGGACGCAUCCGAUGCUAGAGAGCGGCGUGGCGCCGGUCGUGGAGGAUGAUGAUAGCCACGAGACGCUGUUUACCGCGCCGUGGGACGGCAGGGUGAAGGUGCACAGCGCUAGGUUCCGGUUUGCGCCGUUUGGCGGGUCGUUUCAGGGGCAGCAGAAGUUUGCGUGGGAUGAGGUUGCUGGGUCGCUGGAGCAGGGGGAUGGGGUUGUGGUAGGCUUGACGGUUGAGUUUGGGCCCGCGUCGGUGCCGCUGGGGGAGGAGGGCGAGGAGCUCGUUGGCGAGUUGGGGACUGAGCUGCGGUUCAAGUUGUUCGAUUCUAUCGACAUUGAGUCGCCGGUUUCUGCAUCAAGAAGGAAUCUUCCAAGCGACAGUACCUUGAGCGAGAGGAACGUUGAUCUGAUCAAGGGGUGGAUCAAUGGCUGUGCAGCCAACCACGGGAACGCUUGUCAAGGAGACGCCCGUUGGACGCCCACUCGUCUGCUUGCUCUUGACCCGCUGCGUCUCAUGGAAACGGCAAGUAUUGCUGCUGAGGAUGACCACCGGUAUGCUGCGCUGAGUUACACUCGCGGCAACGAUUGGCCUGACACGGCCGUUCAAACUUCAUCAGAGAACCUGGAUGAUCGAAAGGAAGGCAUCGAUUUGGCCGAUCUCCCCAGAGCAUUCCGCGAUGCAAUUGCUGUCUGCCAGGCCUUGGGUAUUCGGUACCUGUGGAUUGAUGCAUUGUGCAUCUUGGACGAUACCGAGGAUUGGAAGCGCGAGGUGGUGAUGAUGCACAAGACCUUCGGACAUUCCGAAGUCACAAUCGCCGCAACAUCUGCUACGUCCCCUCAGUCUAGCUUCCUGGCCCGCAACAUCUCCGCCAUAUCAGCCGCCAAGAUCGGUGAUGACAAGCGGCAUGUGAUCUUCACACCCCAGGAGCACGAAACCAGCGGGAUGCGCACAUCGGACGUCGACGGCUCGCCGUGGAACCGAGAUGGCUGGACAUUGGUCGAGCGAAUGCUCUCGGCAAGGGUGAUCCAUUUCGCCAAGAACAAGAUCUACUUCGAAUGCAGGAGGGCUCUGCGCUCCGAAGAGAACGACGCCGAGUCGGCUACUCCCGGGCCCAGCAUCAGCUUCUGGCCCAGAGUGGAAGAGCAAGCCGCCGACGCGGAGCAAUACCGCCCUUUUCUAUACCAGCAGUGGAAGGCCUUUCUUGCCCAGUACACCUCAAGGCAGCUCCGCCGGCAAGCAGCUGAUAAAUUCCUCCCUGUUCGAGCUGUCGCAGAGUUGAUGGCAGCGGCUAUCAACGACGAGUACCUCGAGUCCGCCGGCAUGUGGAGAGACGAUCUUGCCGCCCAACUUUUGUGGUAUGCUAACAACGACUCUGAUGGUAUCAGACGCAUGACACGGACAAGACAAGCUCCGACCUGGUCAUGGAUCCAUUGCAAGGCGAAGAUUGGCUUUGUGCGUGGCACAACGGACGCGACUCUCCCGCCUUCCCUGACCAAGCAGAGAUUCCGCGUCGCAGACGUCUUGGAGCCCCGCACUCUCUCUCUGUACGGAUAUAACAGGGGUAUAUCGGAGAUCCGUCCAGUCGACACCGCCGGGGACGCGUGGCUGGCCGAAAUGCGCAAGGAGUACCCUUGGGAUCUGCUUGUCUCGGGAGGCAACGGCGACGAAAGCCAAUGUGUUGCGCAUGGUGCUUUGGACGAUCCGGAUGAGACUAUGUCGGCUCACACUCAACUGGUGUACCUGCAUGUGACGGAUGAGGUGUAUCCGACUGGGCUGAUUUUGGCUCGGGACCCGGGUUUGGGUCCAGCUUGGCGAAGAAUAGGGGUCGCCACAAUAUUUGACCUGGGUGACCUAAUUAUGGACCCUCCGUUUCAACCUGAUAGUUUUGAUCAGGUAUUCGUCGAGUAAAUUGAUAGGCUGUUGGGUUGUCUACGACAUUUAGAAAGAACCUGUGCUUUGAGUGCAAGUCCAAGAAAGCAGGGCCUCAAACAAGCUACCUGAUGACGGCAUCCAGGUCCGGAAAAUUGCCGUUAUUAGUCCUCGGGGCUUUUGGCUCAGUCAUCUUCUCGACGUGCUCCGGAUACACCGCGGUGGAACCGUGGAGGUGGCUUUCAGACACCGAUGACCGGCUGCUGCAUUUCUUUCAGAAUGGAGUAACUAACGAAUAUCAAGGUACAGAGGGCUAUUGUGAACCAGGAGGUAAUUUCCCAUUCAUUUCUACCUAACGUUAAGUAAAACCUGUGUAUCUAAAAUGCUG